UGCAGUAAAUCUGUAUACGAAUCCGUAUUAAUUGCGUAUUAAGUUCGUUAAAGUAUAAAUAAUAAAUACAAAUAAAAGUACGAAAAAUCUUGCGUAACUUCGAGCACAAACAAACAUAACAAUGGCUCCAGUAGUUUGAAGUUACGUUAAUAUAAUACUUUUUCUUUUUUCUGAAGCGUUUUCAUUUUCUCUUAUUUUAUUUUUCCGGAGAAGAAAAAUCUUAAAAUCGAGUGGUACUUGAGCGGCGUGAUUGUAGACAAAAAAAAAAAUUCUAAAGUCCUAGUCCAGUUGGCAAUCUUUUACCCAGAAAAAUAAAUAAAUUCCUGGCCAUCAGAUCAAGUAUGUGUAUGUUUCUCGUGUGGAUAAGUUUGCCGCGUGGACUGGAAUGGUUUUGUGGCAUGUGCACGGGGGCGGGGGGAGGUCGUUGUCAGGGCAAACGGGGUCCUCUUGAUGAUGUGGUUGGUGUUGUUCGCUCAGAAAAGCUCCCCCAAUAAUUGAUCGGAUGAGGCCAAAGAAAAUUAGAGAUAGUAAAACAUAAUUGAACCUCACAGUGGGCCCACUCUCGCCAUCGGUUCAUAUUACAUUUGCGGUAUCAUUAUCACUUUUGUUAUGCCGCGGGCCUCCUGCGCCCACUUGCCCUUUACCUAUGCAGGGUCUGUGUGUGCACAUUUGCCUAGUUGGAACUAAACAAUUGAGGUCGUUCCCAAGCCCUCUUGGUCUUGGUGUUAUUUGGACAGUACUGUUCUAUGCAACAUUUCAGUCCUUCAUACAUCACAUUUCUUUGCCCUGGAAUAAGGCGACCAAAAUAUUUAAAUCAAUUGGAUAAGGUCUUGGCAAGCAAAUCAAAGAUUUACAUGGUCCUAGAAUAUGUAAAUGGAGGGGAAUUGUUUGACAGAAUAGCAUCCAAGGGGAAGCUUCCAGAAGCUCAGGGCAGGAAGCUCUUUCAGCAGUUGAUUGAUGGUGUCAGUUACUGUCACAACAAAGGUGUUUUCCAUAGGGAUCUCAAGCUAGAGAACGUUCUUGUUGAUUCAAAAGGAAAUAUAAAGAUAUCUGAUUUUGGACUCAGUGCUUUACCCAAGCAUUUUAGGGAUGAUGGGUUACUGCAUACAACCUGUGGAAGUCCGAACUAUGUUGCACCUGAGAUUCUCUCAAAUAGAGGUUAUAAUGGUGCCACAUCAGACAUAUGGUCAUGUGGUGUUAUUUUGUAUGUAAUUCUCACAGGAUAUCUCCCUUUUGAUGAUAGGAACCUUGCAGUUCUAUAUCAAAAGUUUUCAUGCUUGAUUUUUCAGAUUUUUAAAGGGGAUGCUCAGAUACCUAAAUGGCUAUCACCAGGUGCCCAAAACAUGAUAAGGAGGAUACUUGAUCCAAAUCCAGUUACCAGAAUUACAGUGGCAGAUAUCAAAGCUAAUGAAUGGUUUAAGCAGGACUAUAGUCCUGCAGAUCCUGCAGAAGAAGAAGAAGACACGCAUAUUGACAAUGAAGCCUUCUCAAUUGAUGAAGUGCCAUUGGAAAGGGAGAGGACUCCAGGAUCACCUACACUCAUUAAUGCCUUUCAGUUGAUUGGGAUGUCCUCAUGUCUAGAUCUAUCGGGUUUCUUUGAGCAAGAGGAUGUUUCUGAGAGGAAGAUCAGAUUUACAUCCAAUCAUUCUUUGAAGGAUUUGCAUGAAAAGAUUGAGGAUAUUGUGACAGAGAUGGGGUUUCGGAUCCAAAAGAAAAAUGGAAGGUUGAAAGUGGUGCAAGAGAACAAAGAGCACAGAAGCUUGGGUAGUCUUUCUGUUGCUGCAGAGGUAUUCGAAAUAAGCCCAUCAUUGUAUGUAGUUGAAUUACGAAAAUCAUAUGGAGAUUCUUCAGUUUACAGACAGUUAUGUAAAAAGCUAUCAAGUGAUUUAGGCGUCCCAUCAAAUGAUAUUGGACUGUUGACGACAGAAGUGUGAAUAGUGAAUCCUGGAGAUUUGCUAGAUAAGUGAGGCAGCAACUGAGGAUCUGUAUCUCAACCUUGUUUAUUUAUUGCAAAUUCCUAAUUCCUAAAGUAAUUUAUCUAUUUACGUGGCAGUAUUAUAUUCAACGAGCUUAUAGUAAUUCAAUAUGUGAACUAGUCCAAAUGCCCAAUAAGAAGAUUAUAUGUGCUCAAAGCUUCCUUGUUCUUGAUAUCUUGGUAGAUAUAGCUUCUUCUUUCUUUUUAUAUUUUUUUUACCCCCCUGUAAAAUUCUUCCAUUAAUGAAGGCAGAAUAAUAGUAGUAAGAUUUUAUGGCUUCUAA